GAGAACCCUCCUGCAUGAGCUUAAAAACCAACAUUUGUCACUUAUUCUCUUGUAUGCUUCCUCUUUGGAUCGGAGGAAAUUCCAAAAGAAUGGGAUUCCUCUUUAUAGAAACCUUCUCUUCUUCUUCUUCUUCCUCUGGUUCCAUAAUGUCGUCUUCGAAGCAGCUCUUGAUAUUUGUUUGUAGUCUUGCUGUGGUUUUAGGGCAGUACCCCAGAAUCACAGAGGGUCGGGUGAAUAUACCACCAGGAAAGUCAAUGCCGGCGGUUAUAGUGUUCGGUGAUUCGAUCAUGGACACCGGCAACAAUAACAAUCUUAAGUCUGCUGUUAAAUGCAAUUUCCCUCCAUAUGGUGAAAAUUUCCCAGGAAAAGUUCCAACCGGUAGAUUUGGCAAUGGAAAAGUCCCCUCAGACUUCAUAGCUCAAGAACUGGGAAUCAAAGAGUUUGUGCCGGCAUAUGCGGAUACUAGUCUAAAACCUGAAGAUCUCAGCACUGGAGUCUGCUUCGCUUCAGGUGGCACCGGAUAUGACCCUCAGACCCCCGAAUUAGUAGCAGUUUUAUCGCUAUCGGAGCAGUUGAACAUGUUCAAGGAGUAUAUAGGGAAGCUGAAAGCCAAUUUUGGCGCGCAGAGAACAAACUUUAUCCUCGCCAACAGUCUCUUUCUGGUGGUCGCCGGUAGCGAUGACAUUGCCAACACCUAUUUCACUAUUGGCAUCAGAAAGGCAGAAUAUGACGUCCCUGCUUACACUGACCUUAUGGUCAACUCUGCCACUAGUUUCCUUCAGGAUUUGUAUGCACUUGGGGCUAGAAGGUUCGGUGUUUUCAGUGCACCGCCGAUAGGUUGUGUACCUUCACAAAGAACUCUAGGUGGAGGAAUACAAAGACAGUGUGCAGAAGAGUACAACGACGCAGCGAAGCUAUUCAACUCUAAGCUGUCGUCCAACAUGCAGUCCUUGAAUACAAAGCUGCCCGACAGUAGAAUGGUUUAUAUCGAUGUUUACACCCCUCUACUUGAUGUCAUUCUUCACCCUGCCAAAUACGGGUUUAAAGUGGCGGAGAAAGGUUGCUGUGGCACAGGGGCACUAGAGGUAGCGAUAUUAUGCAACAAAUUGUCUCCAACGUGUGAAAAUCCGGCGGAUCAUGUAUUUUGGGAUAGUUAUCACCCUACUGAACAAGCAUACAGAGUACUCAUUCCUCCAGUUCUCCAAAAAUACGUAAACCAAUUCUUCUGAAGAAGACAUAUGCAGUUGCCCUAAACCCAAUCAUUCAAGCUUAAUUAAUAAACUUGUAUUGUUUUAAUCUUCUAAUUUCUCCAGACAGUAAUGUGGUUUGCCUUUUCCUUAUCCAUGUAUUCUUUGAGAUCAAUAUUAUACCUCCUUUUUUGUUAUUGAAUAA